AGAACAUGGAACCACUCCCAGGAAGGAAUUCUACGAUCAGAGCCAAUAUGUGUCAAUGUUGAGACGAAGUCGGAUAGUGGGAACAUGACUGAAGCUGAAAUCCAGUUGGGAAUCUGGGUUUCGGCACAAUAUCUGAAGUUGAAGGAGCUCCUGACGCACAACUCAAAACCGCUGACUCUCCCGUGGCUUCCUCUGUUAAUUGUGAAAGGAGAACUAUGGUAUCUCCUUCUAGCCUCCCAUUCGAACGGAAUCACUACACUAUGGUCUAGACACCUCAUCGCCGACUCAAGCACGCUUACCGGCAUAUACACCGUCAUCUCGGUACUGCAAUUGUUGUUUCAGUGGGCUAAUACGGAGUACCGGUCUUGGUUCAAAGAUAACGCAGUAAUGCCAUGA